AUGGCUUUAUCGAGUAUUAUGAGCAGUUUUUGGAAUGACUUUCUGAAGGUGGCUGCGAAUCAUCCGUUUGAUUCGAUGCCCGCCGAUUUGCUGUCUCCUUUGGAUCUGAAUAGUGAUGAGAAAAUAUUCCCCAAUGUGCCGGCCGCGCCUGGCAUGCCCUGCGCUGGUGAAGAUAAGUUAACAGUAUACUAUUCGAUACCAUGCCCCUACACUCAAAUGUCCUGCACUUUAUCUUUAGCCAAGUGUUUAACAGGAAGUAUAUACAGAAGAGGUGCCCGACGGUGGCGAAAAUUAUACCGCGUCAAUGGACAUAUUUUCCAAGCUAAACGGUUUAAUAGACGCGCCUUCUGUGCCUUCUGCCAAGACCGCAUCUGGGGCCUCGGGCGACAAGGCUUCAAGUGUAUCCAAUGCAAGCUAUUGGUGCAUAAAAAGUGUCACAAGCUUGUCCAGAAGCCCUGCUCCAACGAGCAUGUCGACCCCAUCGAGGUUAAAGACGACGCUAAUGGAGAAAGCACCUUGGGACGAGCGUCGUCUGUCAGAUCUCGGGCGGAGGUGGAGCCCCCACUACCGGAGACGCCCCCGGCGCCUGCGCCCGCUCCCCCUGCUCGGCCCGAGGACCUGGAGCCGGGCUCGCAGAGACAGUACUCGCUUGAAGACUUCGAGCUGAUCAGGGUUAUCGGACGUGGAUCUUAUGCUAAGGUGCUGAUGGUAGAACUAAAACGCACAAAACGAGUGUACGCGAUGAAAGUGAUCAAGAAAGCGUUGGUGACCGAUGACGAGGACAUCGACUGGGUUCAGACGGAGAAGCACGUGUUCGAGACAGCUUCCAACCACCCCUUCUUAGUGGGGCUCCAUUCCUGCUUCCAGACGCCGAGUCGUCUGUUCUUCGUCAUCGAGUUUGUUAGAGGCGGGGACUUAAUGUUCCACAUGCAGCGCCAGCGCCGCCUGCCGGAGGAGCACGCGCGGUUCUACGCGGCCGAGAUCUCGCUCGCGCUGCACUUCCUGCACGAGCGCGGCGUCAUCUACCGCGACCUCAAGCUCGACAACGUGCUGCUCGACCACGAGGGACACAUCAAACUCACCGACUACGGCAUGUGCAAGGAGGGCGUACGUCCGGGCGACACGACGUCGACGUUCUGCGGCACGCCCAACUACAUCGCGCCGGAGAUCCUGCGCGGCGAGGAGUACGGCUUCUCCGUGGACUGGUGGGCGCUGGGCGUGCUGACGUACGAGAUGUUGGCCGGCCGCUCGCCCUUCGACAUCGCGCAGGCCGCCGACAACCCCGACCAGAACACCGAGGACUACUUGUUCCAGGUGAUCCUAGAGAAGACGAUCCGUAUUCCCCGGUCGCUUUCGGUGAAGGCGGCGUCGGUCCUGAAGGGCUUCCUCAACAAGAACCCUGCGGAGCGACUCGGCUGCGGAGAGAACGGAUUCCUUGAUAUUGUCAACCAUCCCUUCUUCAAGAGCAUCGAAUGGGAAAUGUUGGAGCAGAAGCAGUUCACCGACGAGCCCGUGCAUCUCACGCCUGAUAACGAUACUGUGAUCGCUGACAUCGACCAGUCGGAAUUCGAGGGCUUCGAGUACGUGAACCCGCUCCUCAUGUCCCUGGAGGACUGCGUGUGA